GGGCUUUGAGAAUUUCUGGACGUCACCCCACUACUGCGUGUGGAUUACUAGAAUUGCAUGCGGACUCGCCGAGUUGUGGAGACUAUCAGCGAAGAGAGGCGUAAUCACGAAGUCACAGCAAUCUCAAAGAAACCUGGGAAGAGACACGGGAAGAUAACUCGUCGCUUCCGCGUCCCGAUACGCGACUGCUUAGGUAUUUACCAAAACGCCAGGCAUCGAGGACUGACGCAGCGCAGCUGUCACACAUAAUAUUGGCGAAAUGGAAUCGGAACUCCAAGCCCGGUUUCCUCAAGUUGACUCGGUGAUCACUAGCUACAGCAUUGGUUACCUUCAGCAUUCUGCGCGGCAAUUCAGCAGCGAAGAUGAUUUUGACCCGCUUACUGAUGCCGCUGCGGCAGUUACUCAACUUCUGAUCUCUGCCUCGGGAGAACCGUCAAAUGAAAAUGAGGCCGCUAUUAAGAAGCUCGUUGACGAGCUUGUCACAAGGCUGGCGAAACAAAACGGCUUGCAAGGCGAACGACGGCAGCAGGCACCGUCGGCACGAAAGCUUGACCAGACCAUCCAGGUUGGUGCUCAACGAAACAUGUCAUCAACUUUGGCGCUCGCGGGCGGUGCUGUCGAUCUCGAAUCUGCCAAUACUCGUAAAGUCGAAUCUCGGGUAGACAAGAAGAAACUCGAAAAGGCAGAGAGAAAACUACGUGCCAAGCAGGACAAAAAAGUGUACAAGACAGUCGAAUAUGAAGCUUCACGUCUACUCGACCAGCCGGAUGAGCAAAAGUCGUACGAAGAAUUCUUCAUGGAAGUCAAUCCUCUGCAAUUGGGAUCUGACAGUCAAUCCAAGAGUAAAGAUAUCAAAGUCGAUGGAUUUGACAUCUCCAUCGGUGGCAAACGUAUCCUGUCCGACACUAGCCUUACAUUGGCGUAUGGCCGCCGAUAUGGUCUGGUGGGUCAGAACGGUAUUGGUAAAUCAACCUUACUCAGAGCUUUGGCCAAGCGUGAGGUCGCGAUUCCCACGCAUAUUUCAAUCUUGCACGUCGAGCAGGAGAUCACUGGUGACGAUACUCCCGCGCUGCAAGCUGUGUUAGAUGCCGAUGUAUGGAGAAAGCAUCUAUUGAAGGAGCAAGCCAAGAUCAGCGAAGAACUUCUUCAGCUUGAGGCUGAACGCUCAUCCAUGGCCGACACAUCUGCAGAUGCUGCGAAACUUGAUAAGCAACGUGAGGGUCUCGACAUCACGCUGAGUGAUGUUCAAGGUAAACUCGCGGAGAUGGAGUCAGAUAAAGCAGAAUCGCGAGCUGCUAGUAUUUUGGCAGGUCUCGGAUUUUCGCAUGAGCGUCAACAAUUUGCCACAAAGACCUUUUCUGGUGGUUGGCGUAUGCGACUUGCACUGGCACGAGCAUUGUUCUGUGAACCUGACUUGCUGUUGCUGGACGAACCGUCUAACAUGUUGGACGUGCCUUCCAUUACUUUCCUUUCUGAUUACCUUCAAGGUUACCCUAGCACUUUGUUGGUGGUAUCCCACGACCGAGCAUUCUUGAACGAGGUGGCUACAGAUAUUAUCCAUCAACACUCCGAGCGUCUGGACUACUACAAGGGAGCUAAUUUCGAGUCCUUUUACGCAACAAAAGAAGAGAGACGAAAGACGGCCAAACGCGAAUACGAAACACAGAUGGCGCAACGUGCUCAUCUGCAGGCCUUCAUCGACAAAUUCCGAUAUAACGCGGCAAAGUCGUCAGAAGCGCAAUCUCGAAUCAAGAAAUUGGAGAAGAUGCCUAUCCUGGAAGCCCCUGAGAGUGAAUACACGGUGCACUUCAAGUUCCCUGAUGUUGAGAAACUGUCGCCUCCUAUCAUUCAAAUGACAAAUGUCUCGUUCGGAUAUCACAAGGACAACAUCCUCCUCCGUAAUGUUGAUCUCGAUGUCCAGCUUGACUCUCGAAUCGGCAUUGUCGGUCCCAACGGUGCGGGUAAAACAACAGCUUUGAAGUUGCUCAUCAGUGCCCUCGAUCCCACCUCAGGAGUCAUCUCGCAGAACCCAAGGCUCCGAAUCGGUUUCUUCGCCCAGCAUCACGUGGACGCGCUUGACAUGAAUAUGAGCGCAGUCGGUUUUAUGGCAGUCAAGUAUCCCGGCCGCUCUGACGAAGAGUACCGUCGCCACCUUGGUGCCUUUGGUAUCACGGGAAUGACAGGUCUCCAAAAGAUGGCUCUGCUUUCGGGAGGACAGAAAUCACGUGUGGCAUUCGCAUGCAUCAGUUUGACCAACCCUCACAUCUUGGUGCUCGACGAACCGUCCAAUCACUUGGAUAUCGAAGCCAUGGAUGCCCUGAGUGUCGCGCUGCAGCAAUUCCAGGGGGGUGUACUGAUGGUCAGUCACGAUGUCACGAUGUUGCAGAAUGUGUGCACCAGCUUGUGGGUGUGCGAUCAGGGAACCGUGGAGCAUUUUGAUGGUACGGUCAAGGAUUACAAGAAGCGCAUCUCUGCGCAGGCCGGUACAGAUGGUGUCGUCAAGCAGAAGUAGUAGGCCAGGAGGACAUAUAUAGCGGUCAAAAACAAUGCUUGGGAUCAGAGUGCAGCUCAUGCUGUAUAGUUCUCAUCAUGUCGAUUUUACGAACGCAAAGAGUGUCACGCAAUGAAAACCUUCCUAGGUAAUUCUG